AUGAUCGAUACGGCGGCGGUUUACGAGAAGAAAGAUUGGACGAACGUCUAUUUCAUCAUUACAAUUUCGAGUACUUUGGCAAUGUUCAUGGUCAAUGCCAUCUCGAAUUCGCAAGUUCGCGGAGAGUCCCUUCAUGAGGGUCUUCUUGGCACCAAAGGCGCCCGCCUCUGGCUGAUGGCCGCAUUCGUCGUCUCGUUCGCCUCCCUUGUCGCCGCCACGUGGAUUCUGUUCUCCGACUACGUCCUUCGUCAGGGUGAGCACACCGUCUGGCCGGGUGUCGCCCUCUUCCUCACCAACUUUAUCAUCUUCGCCUCCUCCUGUGUCUACAAAUUCGGACGUACCGAAGAGAUGUGGGCCUAG